AUGUUAACUACAUCAGCGACUCCCACCCAGAAGUCGUUGAAUAGCCAGUCUGCCGUCUCCUUAAACCCCUCUGUAGCGCCCUCCCGGACGAGUCUCGAGCGCCCUGAGCGAGAUGGUGCCCUCCAACCCCCCGCCGCGAAUGCCGCUACGGCGCGGAAUCUAUCCGCUUCCUCUGUGUCCUUUGCCCCGCGUGGUACAUCUCUCAACCCGUCUUCCGUUGCGCCAGGCUCUUUUAGCUCCGAAUUACGCAGCCAGAUGACACAGUCUCGAGCUGGCUCGAGAGCAGAUAUUUACAACUUGGAAAAGCUGGAUGAAAACGAUGAAUCUGUGGCAGAGCAUACCAUCAAUGCGCUCAAAGACUCCUUGAAUCGUGAGCUGAAGAUCAAAGAAGGAAGCGAGAAUUUGCUAGAGGCUUUAAACACGAAGAAGGCCAAACAAACCAAGGAGCAGCGCCAUAGAGUUGAAGCUGAGCUCGUCGCCUCUAAUCAAAGAAUCAAGGAGCUGAGGCUCAAGCUUACCGAUGCACAAAGAACAAAAGUAGCACCUAGUACGCCCGCGAGGAGUCGAAACGACGGCGUUCACCAGAAUGGUCUCCGAUCUCCUCCCAGCGCGUCGAGAAGCGGCGCCGGUUCUGAUGUGGACGAGCCGGCUGAGUCUCCUACUUUUGCUCUCGCCGAAAUAUUACAAGCCCUCGAGGUCGAAGGUAUGGCGCCCGAAUACUAUGUUGGGCGGGCAAACAAUCUCGUUGAACUCUUCAAGAGGUAUCCUACAUUGAAGUAUGAUUUGGUGUGGUCGAUCUUUGGGGAUCGCAUGCAGUUCAUUCUGCUCAGCGGCAGCCGUGAGGUUGUUGCAGCAGGGUACCGAAUGCUUCGGUAUGCGAUUUCUGAUAUUGCCUCUCUAAAGAAAAUUCGCGCCCUAAAUACCGACUACAUGGUCAUCGUCUCGCUCGCCAAGGAUCGAAAAGCCGACGUCGAACGCGAACAAGCACUCAAAUUUGUUCGUGCUUUCCUGGAUGUCAAGGAUGGUGUUCGUGAAGUAUCUCGAGCGCUCGUCCGUGCUAUUGUCUCGGUGGCCGAGCAUGUCGAGGACAGGUUGCGCCCGAUUUGCAUCGAAACACUCGCCGAGAUUCUCCUUCGAGAUCCUGCGUUGCUCAUCGCAUCCGGUGGUUUAGCACCAAUAUCGGAAGCACUUUCCGAGGGCACGUACAAAUCUCCCGAGUCUCUUUCAGCUGUUCUUCUCUUCCUAUUAGAUGCGCCACAGACGCGCAAAUAUCUACGAGCGGGAUAUGACUUGGAAGUAAUGUUUACAGCCUUCACAGACAGUUUGUUCUUGUAUGAGGGGGUUGUAAAACAGAAUGCUAAGGCUAUCUCUUUAGCGUUGAAGACAUGGUCUGGCUUGAUGAGUUUGUCCCUAUUCAAUUUUAGGGCGAUAAGAUCCUUGAUCUCAAGUUUGAUACUUCCAAACAGUACGAUUCGUGAUACGAUUCUGGAUUUGCUCUAUUCUCUUCUGCGAAUCAAACCACCCUCCUGGGCAACUUCAUAUCUCGCAGGGCGCCGCCUGACCACCUAUGGGAGAGUCGCAACCCUGAAAUCAACUGUCCCCAACAAGGGAGAAAUAGUCUAUGAAGAUGAGGGCAUAGAACAGAAUUUCGUUGAACAUUACACCGCUCUUCUUUUGGCUAUCUUCAUCAGGUCGGGCUUAAUGCCGAACUUGCUCGAAGUGGCACAAAACGCAGAGGAUCCCAUGUUGAAGCGCAAGUCCACUUUAUUAAUUGGAGAAACAUUGAAGCUUGCCAGUCGGAUUCUCCCGCCUUCUUGGAGUAGUGAGCUUCAACUACUUCCAGAACUCUUCUCAGCCGCUGCCAAAUUUGAAGAUGAAGCUCGCUUCAACGCUACCGGUAUUGUCUAUCAAAUUAGCAGUGUUAGCCGGACACUCCAUCGGUCGUCCGCCUCCGGUUAUACUGUUAGCGGCUUACCUUCUCCUGGGCCGACAGAAUUAUCAGGCUCGCUAGAGGACACACAUAAGCAUAGCAACUCAAUUAACACCGAUGAGGCUACUUUCCGGCAACUCUUAGUUGACUCUGGUGUUCUCAGUAGUUCCAAUCCUGCGAAAUGGAAAUGGGACAUCAUGCUCAAGAUUAUUGAAGGACCAUUAACCAACGGCAAGCGCUUAGAAGAGGCGAUCAAAGCAUCAAAAUUCAUUAAAAGUGUCAUUGGGUUCUAUCGUCCAUUUAAAUACAGGUUUUCCGAAGUCCAAAAUACACGCAAUACGCAAAAGUAUGUUAGAGUCGGCUGUGCUCUAAUGCACACGCUUCUACAAAGUCCAGAGGGCGUACGAUAUCUCACGGAUAAUAAGUUGUUAAGGCAGGUUGCUGAAUGCUUGGCCCAGUGCGAUCCGACAAGCGGCCUUACAGCCCAAUAUCCGAUGUUUUCCAGAGACCGUCUAACAGACACGCUUUGUGGUGGCUACUUCCCCAUGUUAGGUGUCCUUAGUAGUGACCCAAAAGGAUUCCAGAUGCUCGAGCGAUGGCGCAUAUUCAAUAUGAUGUAUCAUAUCAUUGAUUUCAAGCAACGUCCUGAUCUUACCAAAUUGAUUCUCUCGAACCUCGACUACAGCUUGCAGGGACAUCCUCGGGUGUUAUUGUCCAAGGCACUCACAGCUGGCACCAAAGACAUGCGAAUUCACGCCACCAACGUUCUCCGAAAAUAUGCUAUUUCACAACGAGUGACUCCUUCUGGGCAGGUCAUCUCAGACGCAAAAUGGGCAAUCCAGCUGUUGGUGACGCAGCUGUAUGAUCCCGAAAUCGAGGUAUGCGCUACAGCUGUCAAAAUUUUGGAGAAAGCUUGCAAUAGCAAACCAUUGCUCGAAUACAUUGUGGAAUGUCGGCCAGCUCUUGAUCAUCUAGGAGAGAUAGGGGCUCCAUUGCUUCUACGCUUUCUCUCAACUUCGAUUGGCUAUCACUACCUCGAUGGGCUAGAUUACAUCAGCAACGAAAUGGACGACUGGUUCUUAGGUCGCAAUGAUACCUACGUCAGCCUCAUCGAAGCAAGUCUAGCACGCUCAUUCUUUGAGGGCACCGACGAUCACUCGAAUCGCUUAAGCAUGUACGAGGAUGUGGACGUCGAUGGGGAUCAGGAUAGCCAUAUACCACCACACUUUUACCGCGAAUUGACUCGCACCAAAGAGGGCUGUCAAUUACUUGAAGACAAGGGCCAUUUCCUGGACUUCGCAUCAACUAUUCGCGACCACGGUAUGCAGUCGGACGAUCUAGAACUUAUUACCAAGGUGAAAGGCUGUUUGUGGGCCGUGGGAAAUGUUGGGUCUAUGGAGCUAGGAGCCCCGUUUCUUGAGUCGACUGACGUUGUUGAAAAAAUCGUGCAGAUUGCGCAAUCCCAUGAUGUGAUGAGUCUCCGGGGCACGGCCUUCUUUGUCUUAGGUCUAAUCUCAAGAUCAGUCCAUGGACUAGAAAUUCUCUCUGAACAUGGUUGGCUAUCCAACACUACAUUGCUUGGGAAAUCCUUUGGGCUCUGUAUUCCCAACGAGCUUUCCAAAUUCUUAUCCUAUCAACCCUGGAAACAUGAGAUUCCAUUGUCGAUCAAAUUGCCAGAUACUCAAAACACGAUUCAGCACCCUGUUUCAAUCUUCGUCGAUGAACCCGACGAUAUGAACAAGCGAAUAUUGGAGCUUAUUGAAGUGGAGCUAGGCGACAUGAUUCUUUACAAGAAGGCCAGGGUUGAAUUACAUCAACUGAGGCAUAAGAAGCUGUCCGGCUUCCGCCAGCCUGCCAUGUUUCGGCGCGUUAUGGGGCUUUUAGAGGGUCACCAUUACAAACUUGCCGACCGACAUCUUAUCAUAGAGCUUUUUGACAAAAAUGUGCUACGACAUGUUAUCUAUGGGGAGGACAGUAGCGACGAGGGAGACCUUAACUCGGGGGAUGAGCAACGAACAGAAAGACAAAGGAGCAUUAGUCACUCUAUUCGCAAAAUGACUGACAAGACGGUCCUCGUCGUCGCGGGGAGCGACUCAUCGGGCGGCGCGGGUCUUGAAGCAGAUCAGAAGGUCAUCGCCGCACAUGGCUGCUACGCUAUGACGGCCACGACGGCCCUGACGGCUCAGAAUACAAUGGGUGUUAAUGGUAUCCAUCAAAUCCCGCCUGAGUUCACGAGGAAACAGAUCGAUGCGGUAUUUCAAGAUAUCCCGCCCAGUGUUGUCAAGACGGGCAUGUUGGGCUCAGCGGCUACCAUCGAGAUGCUUUCCCAAGCAUUAGUCGACUACAAAGUUGAAAAACUGAUUCUAGAUCCGGUCAUGGUAGCUACCACGGGUGCUCAACUUCUCCCCGAGAACGCCGUCACAGAGCUGCGCACGCUCCUGCUGCCCCUGGCCUUCAUCCUGACCCCCAAUGUCCCCGAGGCGAAGCUUCUGCUCGCCAACAGCGGCGCGAUGAUUGGCGAUAUCAGCCGACCCGAGGACCUAGAGAAUCUGGCGCGGAAACUACGCACCCUCGGGCCGCGAUGGGUGCUCGUCAAGGGCGGCCAUGUGCCGUUUACGAAAGAAGGCGUUGCCGCCAUGUCAAAUGCGGAGAAGGAGAUUGUCGUCGAUGUCCUCCUUGGCCCUGAUGGGAAUGUAACGAGGAUCGAGAGCCCGUAUUUGCAGUCGAAGAAUACCCACGGCACGGGCUGUUCGCUCGCUGCGGCCAUCGCGGCGAAUCUGGCGAUGGGAUUGGAACCUCAUGAUGCCGUGCGUGCCGCUUGUCGGUUUGUCGAGGCUGGCAUCCGGUCUGCGCCAGGCUUUGGGCGUGGGAAUGGCCCGCUUAACCACUUCCACUCGACGUACAUGCUGCCUUUUACUCCAGGACGGUUCGUCGAAUGGCUGCUUUCUCGGCCGGACGUGGCUCCCGUAUGGCACCGCUUCACCAACCAUCCCUUCGUUCUCGCGCUGGGCAACGGCGAGCUGCCGCUUGACUCGUUCAAGAAGUAUCUCGUUCAGGACUAUCUGUACCUGGUGCACUUUGCGCGUGCGAACGCGCUCGCGUCCUAUAAAGCGAAGAACAUACGGGAUAUCGCAGCUGGAGCGAAGAUUGUCCAGCAUAUACACACCGAGAUGAAGUUGCAUAUUGACUAUUGCAAGAGCUUUGGCAUUACAAUAGAGGAGAUCGAAACUACUGAGGAGCAUCAAGCUUGCACGGCAUACACGAGAUAUGUUUUGGAUAUCGGGCAGUCCGAGGACUGGCUUGGUCUCCAGGUUUCGUUGGCACCGUGCUUGUUGGGCUACGGAGCUAUUGCGAAGCAGUUACACGCUGACCCGCGCACGAAGACUGAAGGGAAUACAUACUGGCCAUGGAUUCUCAAUUACGUAGCAGAUGAUUACGUACAAGCUGUUCAGACAGGUUGCGAGCUCAUGGAAAGGAACGCCGUCUUGCAUUCUCCUUCGAGAAUCGAGGAGCUUGUUAAAGUGUUUAUCCAUGCUACGAAGAUGGAGAUUGGAUUCUGGGAGAUGUUCCCGUCCGCUUGA